AUGAAGAUACAUGGAGCUAAAGAAUGUGGACCAGACAAGAGCCUAUCAGUUGAGGAGUCUCUUUCAUCUUACCGAGAGCCUUUGACACCGGACUCGGGGUGUAACAUUGGGUCUCCGGAUGAGAGCGCUGGAGAAGAGCGAUCAUCAAAGAAGCCUAGAUUGGUGAGAGGUGCAGCUGGUUAUACACCUGAUAUGGUAGUGGCACACCCAAUACUAGAAUCAGGCUUGAAUGCUUCUUACCAUCAGUCAGACCAUGCUCUCGCCUUUGACCAUCCUUCUACAUCACUGGUUGGGACUGAAGAUCGAUUGGAAAAGGAGUUUCCUCUAGUGAGUACAAAUUUGCUGAAUAUAUCAGACACAUCCAUUGAAGAGGUGCCUCCAUCAAUCACCCUUUGCUCUCGUCUUGACUCUCUCUUUAUAAAGAAUUUUGGAAAUCUCAAGGAAAUAACACAUCUCCCCUCGAGUUUAUGGUGUCUAGACCUAAGCAAUUCUAGUAUUGAAAGGAUUCCAGAUUGCAUCAAAGCUCUUCAUCUGCUACAACUCCUUUAUCUGUAUGGCUGCAGAAGACUCGCAUCAUUGCCAGAGCUCCCUGUUUCACUCGCACUCCUAUAUGCAGACGAUUGUGAAUCACUAGAGACCGUAUAUUGCCCUCUGAAUCAUACUCGCUAUGCGGAUAUUGAAUUCACCAACUGCUUGAAAUUGGACGAACAAGCACGACAAGAGAUUAUCCAAAGUUCGUUUUUUUGCAAAAGGGUUAUCUUACCAGGAAGAGAAAUACCUGCAGAGUUCGAUCACCGGGGCAGAGGAAAUUCACUGACCAUUCGACUAGAUGGUAACAGUCCUAGUGUUAGGCUUUGCGUCGUGGUGUCACCUAACCAUCAAAUCAGCCAAUAUAGCGGAUAUCCAUCACACAUAUUGUGCCGUCGCAUAGGCAAAAUCAAAGUUGAGGAGAGUUUCUUUCUACGUAAUGUCUCCGAAUAUCGAGCUGAACAUCUUGUUAUAUUGGACUCUGGCUCGUCAUUUAUCGAUCCCUCUGAAGUGAGCAGAGAGAUCAUGCUCGAAUUCAUCAUGAAAUUCCAGGGCUUAGAAAUUAUUGAGUGUGGUGCCCAUGUCUGGACCGAUGAAACAAAGGAAGGGAGCUGCGAAUCUAAAUUAGACCAAGUGUUUGAAGAUGGCUACGAUAGUCUCACUAAUGGGAGCUGUGAGUUUGAACACAGCCAAGCCUUUGAAGACGACACAAAUGGAGUAGUAAUCUGUGACGAGAUUCUCGAGGGCCAAGAACGUACAUAUUGUUGGAGCUGGCUCUUCCUUUGCUUCAAUUGUCUCCCAUUUUGUGAGAAACAUCAGUAG